GCCCCCCCCCCCCCAGGGAAGAUCUCAGUUUCACGCUUCUUCCUCUCCUCAUCUCCUCCAGUGGGGUUUGAGAAAGUGAGUGUUCAUUUAAGGUCGUCCAAGAACUGGAGGUUGCGUCGAUGUGCUGUGUUUUUUUUUGGGAUUUACAUUACAAAGUUCAAUUAAAAGGGGGAAGCAGCUUAUACAAGGGUUUGAUGGUUGUGUUAUGCUGGAAAAGGAUCAGGUUUUUUUUCCUAGGCUCUGGGGGUUUUAGUUUGGGUGUCUGUACAAGCACAACAGAUUAUGUAAAAAUAUAUUAAAUAAAAAAAGAUUCAUUUGAUUUACAACAAACUGUUCUCUGUUUUUUGCAAACUGAAUUCGUCAAUAUCCCAAACAAAUUUUUAACAGGCUAAGAAUAUUCCAACAGUGAUUUUUUUUAUAACCCUUUUCUUGAAAAUGUAGCCCUUUAUCAGCAGUACAAAUACUACCUGAACAAAUAUUGGUAAACACAUCUGAUGAUGUCAGUCAGACAGGGGAUUAUUAUUUGAUCCAGAGAAUUAGCUCGGAUGAUCAUACAGGCUUUCUAUCUUGGUGCUACCCAUUCGGAGUACGCUGCACACCUGUCAGUCGUUCACACGUUGCUCUGGACCUGAGCGGGAGGAAGACACUUCACAGAGAGAGGGAUAUAUUUUAGUUGCAGUCAUUGCUUUUUCGUUGCCCGUGUCCAGGCGAAAUGACCAGCCUGGAGGAGGUUCCUUUUAGGACCCCAUUAGGACCCCUACAGGAGCAGGGGCCUCGUGGAGGGGUGGAGCUGACGUCCGCCCCGGAGCUCAUCAUACCAGACCACCUACAAAUACUACGAGACACUGAGUAUGAGUUCACUCUGGAGAACUGGGUGAUGACUGAGCUCCAUGGAGGACACCAUAAUCCUAGGGAAAUACCACCAACAGUCCCAAGGAAGUCCUCCGAUUCUGGGGAGACGCUGACCCCCUCCAGCCCUCCGUACUGGCUCAUGUUCUCCAGUCCACAAGAGAGUCGUUGGGCCAGCAGGUGGAACAGUGAUUUGAAGGCACCUGCCCUUCGACCAAGGAGCCACAGCCUGAGCUCUGUGGACACGCGCCACCUUAAUCGCCAAUUCAACCCCCACCAGCACCGCCUCCGCAUAAUCAAGUUCCUGGUGUCCGACUCAGAGGACGAAGCCGGCUACUCCGAAGACGAUGAGGGAUCCUCCACUGAAGAUAACGCCACCGGUUCCCUUCGUGGUGCUGGUGAGCGGCUCGUGUUGGGUAGCUCUGCGCCAAAACACCAGAUCGUGUCUAGAGUCAAAGAGCACCAUCUCAAAUUCGCUGGGUCCUCCUCGACUCAUCGGCACUCCAGCCCAACGUCCCCCCGAGGCAGAGUUUACCGUGACCGCCAGAGGAGAGCCACCUCCUUCCACUCCGUCCCGGACUGCAGGAGGCAGGGGAAGGAGGACUCUGAUCUGGGGAAGGAGGGUUUUGCCAGCCCUCUGUGUCACGGCGGUACAAGACUCUGGGGGAAGGACUGCGAGCAGCAGCACAGGUCGUCGUCCUCUGGCUUGGAGGAGUCCUCGGUUCAGGCCAGCGCCCCCCAGCGCCACGGAGGCAAGAGGCACUGCAGCCGGAAGAGGCAUCACUCCCUGUGCUCCUCCGCGGGAAGGAGGUGCUCAUCAACUGACACCCAGCAGCGGCCCUCCUCCGCCGGACCCGUCGUCAGGAACCACUGGCAGGUCCUGCGCCGCCGCCACUCACACGCCACGGGCUGGGACCUGUCCGCCGAGCUGCUGACCGCACUCGGCCAGGAGGAGCGAGAUCUCCUGGAGGCCAUCACAGAGCAGGGUUACCCCCUGCACACCGCCAUCCUCGCCCUGCAGAAGACCGGCCGCCGCAGUCCCCAACAGAUUCUGAGUUACCUGGUGGCCAGCGACCGCCUGUGUGCCCUGGGCUACGACCAGGCCCUGGUGGAGGAGGCCAUGGAGAUGUUCCAGAACUGCGAGAGCAAGGCCAGGGAAUUCCUGCACCUUUUGGCCCAGUUCAAUGAGAUGGGUUUCCAGCAGAGCACCAUUAAAGAGGUUCUACUGGUCCACGAGAACCACAGGGAAAGGGCCCUGGAAGAACUCAUGACACGUCAUAGCUAGUCACGCCUGUUACCGACAGACCACUCUGGGCUGUCAGAAGCUGCCGGGUGAAGUUGACUGAUUACUAAUGUCUUCUGGUCUGCCCCAUGGUAAUAACCGAGAUGCCUGGAGUUAAUCAUGACACGUCAUGAAAAAUCUGUGAACUAAAUAAAACAGUGGCAGUGAGGAAUGUGUGUGAACGAGGCUUUUCACCUUCAGAAUUGCAUAUAUUACAAAACCCUACAGAAGCCUCGACAGAUUUUUCUUUUUACACCAUUGAAAACAAGAUCUGACGCACAUUUUGACAAGCUCCCAACCCCCCCCCCCCUCCCCCCAAAUCACCAUAAGAAAUUGGUGUGAUGACAUAGUGACAGAAAACAUUCAGCAUUUGCCCUUUCAAAAAGGUCCGGGAGGCUGAUGACAAGUCCCCAAAAGGUAAGGCCUGAGUUUGAUCUACUAUACUGUGGCACAGACAAAAUAAAAAGAGAGGCUAUUAAAACAAAACGUUUAUUUACAGUUUGCAAAAACACCAACAGUCCGUAUUAGCCUUUGCCAACAGACUUUAAUAUUCUCAUUUAAGCUAUGAUAGCACAAAAUAGAUCAUUUUUCAUGUAGUGUAGCCAAGAAUUUUAUAUAAAAUAAUGGCCGUCCCCCCCAUAAAUAUAAAGUACCAUGAUUUACUCUACCACCAACUCAGAUAAUUAAAAAGAUAAUUGGAUUGAUCUGUGAAAAAAAAUAUUCAAGUUUCAUGAAAACUCUUUUUGUAGGUCAACCAAGCCCUCAAACAUUGCACUCAAGAUUUGAUCGUAAUGCUCAGUUUGGAGAUGCUUGAAACAUUAAAAAAAAAAAAAAA